AUGUUGCUUCGAGUCCCACUCCGGCAGGUGCUGAGACCCCGCGACCUCACCGUGGUGAUCUCCAAGAAGCAUCUGAAAGUGGGCAUCAAAGGUCAGCCGCUGAUCAUCGACGGGGAAUUAGACGCCGAAAUCAAGAUGGAGGAAUCCACGUGGGUGCUACAGGAUGGACGCAACCUGCUUGUCAAUUUGGAAAAGGUGAACAAAAUGAAUUGGUGGAGCAGAUUAGUCACGACGGAUCCUGAAAUUUCUACAAAGAAAAUCAACCCAGAGCCAUCGAAACUUUCUGAUCUGGACGGUGAGACUCGCGGGCUAGUCGAGAAGAUGAUGUAUGAUCAGAGACAGAAGGAAAUGGGGCUCCCCACCAGCGAUGAACAGAAGAAACAAGACGUGCUCAAAAAAUUCAUGGAACAACAUCCAGAGAUGGACUUCUCGAAGUGCAAAUUUAACUAAUUUAAGUUAAUAUUAUAGUGUCUUAUAAGCCGAUUUUGUAUUUUGGUUCGUCAUAAUAUAUGGCGCAUGGUUUACGCCAUACAUAAAAUUACAUACAAAGACUUUAUGUUUAGUUCCUUAUCGCAUUAAAAGUACUUUAUUGAAAUUAAAUGAUACUUAACUCAAUUUAAGAUUGUCCUAAUUGCUUGCUUGUAUUUGUCUUCGUUAGUUAUUUUUAGUAUUCAUUUGGAAUUAAACCACAAUAAGCAAUUACGAGAUUAUAUGUCAUUUUAAGAGUUUUAAUUUCCAACCGAAAAAAUCAUAAAACUUAAAUAGUUAAGGGUGGUUUCAAACAAGCGUUUUUUCCCGCGUGUAUAUGGUCGUUUCGGCAUUUCGCUACAUAAGCUACAUUUGGCCUGUAAGCGCCUACACGCGCUUCAAAAAACGAGCUUAUACGCGCGUAUAAAACGCUAGUCUUGAACCGCUCUAAGGGCCAUUUCAAUUACUAAAAUGUGCUAAACUUUGCCAUAUAAGCGGACUAAACUUAUCUGGUUCUAAUGUAAUGUAUUAAUGUAUUUAUACUUGCUAUUGUGUUAUAGUCAGUUUUAUUAUAAAUAUAUAUUUAGGGAACUAAAAUCUUUAGCAACUUAACCUAACAAAUAUGUUGUCAUUUCGAUUGAUACCGAUUACUUGAAAUAAACACUUCAAGAUACA